AAGUUAUAACCGCCCGUACCGUCGGGUAGGAAUAGGUUGGAAAAACUCUCUGUGACAAAAAAUGUCGACCCAUUAUCACCAUCUAUCUCAGUACCCAACAAUAACAACAGUUACUGACAACGCUUCAGCAAUUUCAGCUCAGCAACAGCAAAAGAAAGAGCAGCAGCUUAGCAGUGAUAGCGCAAAUGGGAAAUUAUCAGUCACCACCAUCACCACCGCAAAGUCUUAUCCUUCAGCCACGGCGUCCUAUGAAGGAGUCACUCAAAGUCCGGACCUUUUCUGGGAAAAGCUCAAGGCUUUUCACCAAUUAUUCGAAACCAAAUUUAUGGUUCCUUCUGUAGGAGGAAAGCCUUUAGAUCUACAUCACCUUUUUGUUGAAGUCACAUCUCAAGGUGGCCUUGAAAAGGUAAUUAGAGACCGUAAAUGGAAAGAAGUAGUUUUGGCCUUCAGUUUCCCUACGACAAUUACCAGCGCUUCAUUUGUUUUGCGCAAAUAUUAUCUAUCAUUGCUUUAUCACUUUGAGCAGGUCUAUUACUUCCACAAGCAAGUCCCUUCAAUCUCAAUGCCUGGUAAUCCUGUAAGCAGAAACCUUGUCAAUGGGUCAGCUGCACUAGCAGAAGGUGCCACCAGGGAUGAGCUUCCAGCCGCUGCUACAAUUCUGCCUCAUGGCUGUUCAGUGACUGGAACUAUUGAUGGGAAAUUUGAGAAUGGAUAUCUGGUUACAGUGAACAUGGGUACUGAUCAGAUGAAAGGUGUCUUGUAUCACAUUCCUCAACACGUUUCUAAGAAUUCUUAUUCUUCAGCCAACCCUACUCGCCGGGACCGUAAGAGAUCCAGGUUGGCAUUACGUGAUCCAUCUCGACCCAAAUCAAACCGGAGUGGUUACAAUUUCUUCUUUGCUGAGCAUUAUGCCAGACUAAAGCCUUUGUACUAUGGAGAAGAGAAAGCCAUUAGCAAGAAGAUUGGGCUCCUUUGGAGCAAUCUCACAGAAGCUGAAAAACAGGUGCACAAUACAAUAAUUCCUUUUCCUUCUCUGUUUAUCAGGAGAAAGGAUUGAGAGACAAGGAGAGAUACAGAACAGAAAUGUUGGAGUAUAAAUCUUCCUACGAUUCAACUACUCAUUAGUCUCCAUCUUGUAUGUUAUUAACGCGCCCAGUCUCUUAGGACACCAGCUUCCUCACAACUUUUGUCAUCGUUGUUGUUGUUGUUUGCUAAUCCUUUUUCCUUUUCCCCCCUAUUUUCUUUACAAAGAGAACUCCAUAGACUAUACCCCAUAGUACAAUCCAUGCCGAGAUUGUCAGAGGUCGAGGGGUGCAGCUCUGCAACAUAUCUAGUGAUAUUUAAUUAUAAAUCUUGAAUUGAUAGACCA